UGUUAUUGCGUCAGUUAGCCAUUUAGAUUAAUUGUAUCUAGACUUUGUUUUAAAUCCAAUAAAUUAUCGCACACUGUAACAAAGUGUUCAUACCUAUUACUUUAACAACUGAUAAGUCAGAUGAUGUACAUUAUUGAGAUUCCAUUGCUUACAGGUUAGUCUGGCUGAUUCUCUUACUCGGGAUGGCAGUAGCUCUGGGCGUGAUGGUAUUCCAGCAACUCAGUCGUUUAGCUACACGACCAACUAUCACAGAACUGCAGGCGAAAUUCUCCGAUAACCUAAAUUUCCCAGCCAUCACAAUCUGCAACCUAAACCAGUUCUAUAAAGACCGGGUACCAAACAAAACCAUCAUCAGGGACCUCAUUAUUGCACUGAGUGAGUUGGACGAUAUCAUUGCCAUAAGAACUAUGGAUGACGACAUGGCUGGAGAUGACGUCAGAGAGUUCGCUAUCGACGCUGCUCAUCGACUUGAUGAGUUGAUACGGACCUGUUAUUGGAGGUCACAAGAGGUCAACUGUUCGAGUGUGUUCAACACAACCAUCACUGCAUUUGGCGUGUGUUACACAUUUAACGGUGAUAAGUUCAAUGUGCGAAGCUGCAGAAACGCAGGACCAACUGGAGCUUUGAGGGUCAUCCUGAAUAUUGAGCAGGAGCAGUACUCAUUGUCCAAAACGUUUCAGGCUGGAAUCAAGGUACUUCUACACGAACCAUCAGAGAUGACGUUUCCGGGGAUAGACGGACUGUGGGUGGGACCAGGUCUGUCAGCAUCCAUUGCAAUAAGACGAUCUUCGAAAACGCUUUUGCCACCACCAUACAAAGCGUUUGGCAACUCGGUGUGCCUUGAUACGAUGUCGCCGUCAUUCAAGACGCCACUUGUUCGUUUCCAUGACUACAAUUACACCAAGCUGGCCUGCAUACAAGAAUGUCUCACAGACAUAAUCGUUGAGAGUUGUGGCUGCAGAAUCUUCUUUGAUCCGGGUAACGACACCAUCUGUUCUGCUGAGGAAACGAUCCACUGCUAUCUAAAAGCAAAAGCCAACCUGACAAUGACAGACUUUGAGAACUGCCGCUGCCCAGAACCGUGUCAUCAGGUACUCUACACCCCCACCUUCUCCCACGCAGACUUCGCCUCUGAUUUCCUCGCCUACAGUCUCGUCAAAGAGAACUUUUUGAACUCAACCGAUUACUUAAGGAAGACAGCCAUUUCUGAUGAGACCCUUUAA